GAGGCGUAAUGAAAUCUGUGCAAUUCGAGCGCGUGUGUUUUCGACUUCAGUAAUAACUUUUGCCACUCACUCUCACCCUCGCGAAGGUGCAAAAAGGUUUGAUUUCCCCCCUCCCUAUCAUUCAGUGACGUGUCUUCGCGCGUCCCUCUAAGUUGUGGACUGGUCUUGAUUACGAUGAGGAGCCGCUGGCAAGCGUUAUGUGAAGUCUUAUGAAAGUUGCAUGGCCUCUGAGAGCGAAUAUCAGCAUUUGCGCGGGAAAAUGAUCGUCACCGUGUUGAUUCUGCUGGCGCUGUGCCACGCGGCGCUGGGCCAGGGCGCGGAGGAUGUGCAGCCCAAUCUGCUUGAUGACAUCACGACUGGCAACAACUCACUGGGCAGCAACCUCAGGGAGCUGGACGAGGCAGUGAGGAUUCUGCGCGAGAAAACCUCCAACACGGGUCUGUUCGACUUCAAUCCCGACGACUUGGAGGACUUGCACGCCAAUUUGUCCACCACGCCGGCGCCCGCCGUCGUCACGGCGAUGACAGAAGCACAGUUGGAGCCCACGUCGCAGAACAUCAUCAAGAUAGCGAAGAAGAAAGUCCGGCCGGCAGAGAUGGAGGUGCACAGCGACAAGGAGGAUGAUCAGCAGCCCACCUUCGAUCUCAUAACGCAACUCUUCAAUCACAACCAGUGGAAAGUGGAAAAUAUUUCCCGUGAAAUCUCAGCAAAGUGCCAGGGUGAUGUGAGUGUGUAUCUGAGUGAGCUGAAAUUGGGCAGAGCUUGGGCACUAAAAGCAAGUGACUCCUCGGGGCGCUAUCGUGGUCAACUGCUGUUCGGCAAUCUCUUCUGGAUGGGCUCCAGGGAGUUCUGUGCUGAAAUAGACAAUGACUUGAGUCGCCACACCAUCAAAUUUCGAUACACCGUGGCCAGAGUCAUGAUCAGAAUGAAGCCUUUUAUAUCAAAAACAAAGUCUAUUCAAGUAGGGCAAUGCCUUCCGAUAUCGUGCUCAACGGAUGAUGUUAAAUUGCUCCUAUUGUCCGAUCCCACAUUGCGAACGUGCGCCCAGCAAUCCCGGAGGCUGCCAGAGGACAGCUUCACACUGAAAGUGUCUCAGGUGAGAACAGUGCCAGGCGACUACAGACCGCAGGACGACGAGCGGGCCAGGGCAUUGGCAGUCACGUGCAUCGUGACGUUCGCCGUGAUCGUGCUGGCGUCCGUGUACGAGUGUCGACUGCGCGGGAAGCGCUCCAGGCGCGAGAUGCGGAGCAAUCAGGCCGAUGAUGUUGACUGCGCUUGCAAGAGUCACACAAAUGGCCAGAGCAACAGCAUCAGAAUGUACGAGACUGGCGCCGAGGACAAGGUGGACAUCGAGUCGCGCAUGCAGCGGGGAAAGGGCGCCGAGGAGCGCACGGGCAUUCUCGCCCAAUUGUUGCUCUGCUUCUCCGUGUGCUCAAAUGCGCGGAUCAUCCUCUCCCUGCGAACACCAGCGCCGGACUCGCUGCCCUUCCUGCACGGCAUCCGCUUCAUGUCACUCAUGUGGACCAUCAUGGUGCACACAUACCUCCAGGUCUUCGCCAUUGGGGAGAAUCGGUACAGCCGCGAUAUAUCUGAGAAGUCGUUCAUCUAUCAAGUAAUUGGGAAUGCGACAUUCUCCGUGGAUUCCUUCUUCUUCAUCAGUGGCCUGCUCGUCGUGUUGCUCUUCCUCAGGAAGCACAAGUCCGACCAGGCAUCCGAGGCGAAGGAGAAUCGCGUGGUGAGGAGUAGCUUGUGGAAGAGCAUCCUCCUCAUUGUCUACAGAUAUCUUCGCCUCACACCCGCUUACUUCUUCGUCAUCAUCGCAAAUGAAGUCUCACUCAAAUACACGUACGACUCAUCGGUGUUUGCGCCUGGCCUCAUAGACCAUAUAACGUGUCACAAAUUCUGGUGGAGGAAUAUUUUGUACAUCAACAAUUGGUUCCCGUUUCACGAGCUAUGUAUGAUAUGGUCGUGGUAUUUGGCCAAUGACAUGCAAUUCUACAUCAUAGCUGUGCUUCUGCUCGUCUUCGCCACGAGGCACUUCAAGACAUCCGCCGUGCUCACUCUAGGUCUGUUGUUCGUCUCUUGGGUCACGGCAGCCACAAUCUCAGUCCAUUAUCGCUACACGCACAAGGUGGCCGAUCCAUUUGAGUCAUUUGACUUCCUGUACGAUAAGCCGUGGCAGAGGAUCGGGCCCUAUAUCAUAGGGAUGAUUACUGGCUACAUUGUAUUCAGAUUGCCAACUCCGCCCAGAAUAUCUUGGCUCACCAACGCCAUUCUGUGGCUUCUAUCUGUGGGAAUCCUCGCGGCCCUCGUCUUUGGCACUUGGAAUGGCGUUCUCAACAUACCACUGACCGCAAUGUACGUGAGCCUCGGUCACUCAGCUUGGGGACUGAGUCUCAUGUGGAUCAGCCUGUCGUGCUUCUGGGGCUACGCCACAACAAUCAGCAACUUCCUCUCCAGCCGCGUCUUCCUGCCGCUGAGCCGCCUGACCUACUGCACUUACCUGGUGCACCCCAUGAUCAUGAUGAUCACGUCCUUCCAGAUGGAGUCGCCCAUCCACAUGCAGCACAGCUUCGUGCUCACGGCGUUCUUCGGCAAUGCUGUGAUCUCCUUUGCCGUCGCUCUCGUGGUGUCGCUCAUGUUCGAGGCGCCCCUCAUUAGAGUGCUCAAGAUCAUCUUCAGAUGAGAUCCUCGGGCGGUGACUUCGCAG